AUGUACAUGAAUGGAAAUUUUCCCGAGACCACCGUGGUCCGAAGUCAUUCGCUGACGCAAAGUCAGUCGCUCAGCGAUUCGGCAGAAUCUGCAAUCCGACGGCUGAAAAAAGAAAACCAUUGUUUGAAAAAGACGUUAUCUCGGCGCUGGUCCGGGAGGAGCAGAGCUUCCACAAGAUCUCACGAUCCGACAGAUGCUUCAAGCCUUAGUGACAGUUCAGAUGACAAUGACGACAGCUUAUAUCUAUUACGAGAAACAUCUACACUCCAUGGCCUUCGAGACGUCAUGCUCUCCUCAUCAGGACGUCUGCGAAUGGUUUGGGUGCUCAUUGUUAUUUUGGCUCUUUUUAUGACAUUCCAAGGCUGCUAUCAAAUCAUGGACGAGUAUUCGAUGAGGAGGAUAGUUGUUUCUUAUUUUAUACAGGAAGCCCAGUCAAUUUGGGUACCGGAUGUUGUUGUGUGUCCUUACAAUCGUCUCAACAGAUCCUUUAUCGAAGCAAACAAUGUUUCAUUUGAAUUAGCGCAAUUUUUAGAACUUUCCUUUCCGUCCAUGGAUCUGCCUUUCGAGAAUAUUCAACAACAACAGGAAGAGAUUAUUUCUAAAAUUGAUACAUUAGAUUUUCAAAUUGAAAUCCUACUCGAACAAAACAAUAUGACAUACGCACAAUUUUUACGGAAAGCCUCACUUAAUUGCGAAGCAUUUUUUGAAGACUCGAGGAGGUGUGCAAAUACCACUGAAAUAAUGACGUCUGCUGGGAAAUGUUUUCGAAUGGCAGGUAUCAAACAAGAAAUAGCAGGUUUUGGAAAUGGAGACCGUUAUGUUAUCGAUCUUCCUGAAGAAUAUUAUAAUCCGGGUAUUAAUCAAAUGAUCAAUAGUGGUGUGAUCAUUAAGCUAGCAGAACGUGGACAGGGUAUUGACAACGAUCUGACUUUUUUACCAGCGGGUGUUCAUGCAAUAAUGCCUCUACUGGGCACACAAUUUGAAUUUAUGAAUGAUCCACCUCGUUAUGAGUGCGAGGAGGAUCCACACGGGAACUACAGCCGCGUACAUUGUUUUGAAGACUGCCUAACAUUGGAUGCUCAGCAAACGUGCCAGUGUUCGCCGGCAGCCGCACAAAACCCAGCAUAUCCAGAUAAACUUUGCACGGCAACACAAUUGUACCACUGCUUCUUCACAAAACUGUUCCCCGAGGACAGCAACCUCUCAAAAGCCAUUGUGGAUGCCUGUAAGAAGGAGUGUAAAGCACCGUGUCAUGCCUGGAAUUACAAUAAGCAAGUCAGCUACUCGAGCAUUCCAAGUGAAGCCAGCAAAAAGUUAUUACCAAGAGAGGAGUGGGAGAAAAUGAAACGAAAAAUUAUACUUGACAUAUACUAUUCCGAAUUGGACUACACAAUUAUUAAGCACGUCAUAGCGAUGCCACUCUCAAGCCUUAUUGCUCAAAUUGGAGGUCAAUUCUCUCUGUUCGCCGGUGGAUCCCUCAUUUCACUGUGUCAAAUUGUCAUCUACUCUGUCCGAUACGUUAUGCACAAGUUCUGCGGGUUGAAAAGCCAACGGCGGAGGUGUCGAGAGACACGAGAAGCCCACGAGGCUCGUCAACGACGCGACAUGCGACGACGUCGCAGAAAUAGUACGUCACACAGUCGGUCAACACCGAAACCGCACAAUGGGAACGGCAACGGCAAGGUGGUAAAUGUGGAAAUGGUAACGACGCACACAUCAGAAACGACGCCUCCCAUAUGACAUGAGGACUGGAGCUGCAUGGUGGCAACCAUAUGAACUGUCUG